GUCAGCGACUGAUCUUAUGUAAGAAAUUAGUCUCGUAGAAGUCAUCGAAGCGAGAGCACGCGCAUAAAAGUUCAACACGCGCGAACAAUUAUGUCACAAUUGAUUUGCGAGUUACAUGACGAUGUGCAUGAUGCUAAUAAUGGUGUAAAUAUGGAAAGUGUCAAGAGAAGUAUCACUGAUUUGACCAACAAGCCAGAAGGACACGUUCUGGUGCUUUACACGGGUGGCACGAUAGGAAUGGUGAGGAAUGAACAAGGAGUACUAGUACCGAGAGCCAAUGCAUUCAUUAAGAAUCUACGGAAAUAUCCUCAAUUGCACGAUCGCGAAUAUGCUGAGAAGAAAUUCGGUGCGAUGGGGCCAUUGGUCCUGCCCGUGACCGCAACCGACAAUCGCCGGAUCGUUUAUAACGUGUUAGAAUAUUCUAAUCUUUGCGACUCUAGUAACAUGACUAUGGACGAGUGGAUUCGCAUUGCUAAUGAUAUCAAGGAAUCCUACGAGCACUUCGACGGAUUCGUGGUCCUCCAGGGUACCGAUACCUUAAGUUACACAGCAUCCGCUCUGUCCUUCAUGCUCGAGGCUCUAGGCAAGAUUGUCAUCCUGACCGGUUCGCAGAUGCCGAUUUUCGACACGAGGAGCGACGGCCUGGAUAAUUUCCUGGCGUCCCUUGUGAUCGCGGCAAAUUACAACAUACCCGAGGUCUGCGUGUUCUUCGGUACAAACUUAUUGCGCGGCAACCGGACAAGCAAGGCAUCCGCAAGCUCCUUCGAGGCCUUUCACUCGCCGAAUUUUCCAUCCCUGGCCACGGCGAACAUCAAAAUCGAAGUGGACUAUCGCUUGGUUUUCCACUCGUGCACUUUGGAGAAGUUCUACGUGCAUGCAUCGCUCAAUCGAAAUGUAGGCCUGCUCCGACUGUUUCCCAGCAUCACAUCCGAUCUGGUAAAGGUGUUUCUUCAGCCGCCUAUCGAGGGGGUCGUGCUACAGUCCUACGGCACAGGGAAUGUCCCGACAAAUCGCGACGAUAUCAUCGAGGAAUUUCGCGCGGCGACAAAGCGCGGUGUAAUUAUCGUGAAUAUCACGCAAUGCACAACCGGAUGCGUCUCGGAUGCGUACGAAGCUGCAAAGCUGCUUCAAAAAAGUGGAGUAAUAUCGGGAUUUGACAUGACUCCGGAGGCCGCGUUGACGAAACUCGCCUACGUCUUAUCGAAACGCGAAUGGGACACGGAAACCAAACGGCAAAUGAUGGAAACCAAUUUGCGGGGUGAAUUGACAGCCGGUCGAUCGCCCAUGAUGCAGGAUUGCGAUUUGGUGGAGGCUGUUGCUAGAUCCUUGAGAUUGUCCUCGGCGGCGGAGCUACAGGAGCUGGGAUCGAUCCUGUUCCCGGCUAUGUUGGACGCCGCGGUGAUCAGGCGCGACAUCGUAAAACUUGAAUCGUUACAAAGAUAUGGUGCUAAUGUCUCACAAGCGAACGCAGAUGGCCGAACAGCUUUGCACAUAGCUUGCUGCGAAGGAGAUUUAAAAGUCGUGCGACGUCUACUAAAGAUGGGUGCAAACGUUCAUAUUAAAGAUCGGUUUAAUCGUACAUCUCUAACCGAUGCGAUCGAGUACGAUCGUCGCGAGAUCAUCAAAGUAUUGCUGCAGUGCGGCGCGCAUCUUCAUGACAAUGCUCUGCUGAUAGGAGAGCGGAUGUGUACGGCCGCGGCCAUCGGAAACACGAAGCGCUUGCAAUCGUAUCUGUUGGCCGGCGCCGAUCUGUCGCAAAAGGAUGUCUCGGGACGCACCCCGCUACACUUCGCCGCUCUUCACAAUCACACGGAGACGAUCGAGUUCCUGCUGGACCACGGCGCGGAUCCGCGAUGCGUCGACAUGCUGGGACAAACCGCGGCGGAACUCGCGGAAGCCGCGCGAGCCACGGACGCAACGCGCCUGUUGACGCCUUUCAGAAUGAUCGAGGCAAAAUCGCAUACGUAGAUGCAAGGUCUUAAUUUUUUUGCCUGAUAUAUAUUGAAUCGAAAGCGAAAAGGAGCGGAGAAAGAUUGUAUCUUAGAAAAAUUACGAGUUCCGCCUAAAGUCUGCGCUAACCGCGACUUGUUCUAUUCCUUCUUUUCACAAAAUUUAAUUAUUUAUAUUUUAAUUAUAAAAUUUAUAUUGGGCGGAAAAAGAAAAUGUGUAUUUAAUACAAAUUAGUUCUAACAAUAAGAUAGAUACAAUCGGGUCUUAAAGACUGAAAAGUAUGUCAUAGGAUUUUGGAUAGAAAUAGGCACAACAUAUUGAAAUACAACAUAUGUGCAUUUAAAUAUUUUUAAAUAUAUAAUUUUAAUAACAAAUAAUAGAGUUGCACAGUUUUCAGUCUGUUGGAUAACAGACUUAACAUUUUUAUAUACAGCUGAAUUGUAUGUAUAUUACAACGUGUAUUAUUACGAUACAUUUUAUGAUAAACACAAAACUUGAAUACAUAUAUAUAUAUAUUUUAGAUUUUUCAGAUGAAUGUAGACACAGGAGCAAGGAAUAGUAAUAUUUGUAUAAUUUUAUGUUUUAAAACAGUUAUAUGUUAAUAAUAGUAAUAAUCCUGUGAUAGUUUAAAAACUGAUAAUUGCCGUGAUUAUUUUAAUUGAGAUUUAUUAUUUUUAUUGCUUGUAUUAAAAUCGAAUUACUAUCUUAUUGCAUUUCUGAUCUUGAAUAAUGCAUUUUUUAAAUAUAUUUUUUAAACAAUCAAAAGUUUCUAAAUCCUAAUAAACAUAAAAAAAUAUAUCA